GUCUGUCAAAAGAAAGAGCAGAGUUGCGAUUUUAGCAAUGGUAACAUCGACUUCAGAUUUGUGUGCACCGGCAUCGCACGUGAACGUGUCGGAAAAUCUUAAUAAAUUAACGAAAUCACCAUGUCCGACGAAUAUUUUUACGGCGUCACCCUCUCUUCAUCACACCAGUCCGAAACAUGGGAUCCUGAAGCGAAAGCGGAAUACCCGCGCAAUAAUAAAUUGCUUAUUCGUACUGCGCUACUUGGACCAGAUGCUAAGCCCGACGAACUUAAUGUUGUGCAGGUGGAAACAAUGUGUUUACAAGAUGCAAUCAAAAUCCCUGUGGCCAUCCUGAAAGUUGGUGAGACGAGGCAAGCUAGAUUGGACAUUGAGUUCCCUGAUGCACCAGUAACAUUCACACUCACACAGGGAUCAGGGCCUGUCCAUUUGAUUGGUCAACACUUGCUUGGUGCACUUGUGGAGGAGUUUGAAGAUAUGGAGGAGAUGGAAGAGGAAAUGCUUGAUGAAGAGGAGGGAGAUGACUCGCAGUUCAAGGAAGAUGAGAAUAAAAGGAAAUCAUCAGCCGGCAAGCGCAAGACGAAUGAGGAUGAGGAUGAGGAGGAAGGUGAGCCGAAAGGCAAGAAAUCGAAAAUGUCAAACAACGCCAAAGGCAAGGCUCCGUCACCCAAGAAAAACGCCAAGAAGUGAAUGAACCGCCUGUGACGCUUCCUAACCUCUUUAGACCACACUGUUUGCCGUUAACGAAAGUUUGUGGGCUCCACACACAUCUUAAAUUUGAGACUAGGUGUUAAUAAAAUGCAAUCUCGUGGUAUUUCCACCUUUCAGAGCGACAUAGUUUGUAGGUGUGUAUUUGUACAAUCUUAAGUAUUAUUGACUUAAAUUAUUUUUAAUUUGAUCUUUGUGACUUAUGACAGAUCAAUGCUGUUGGAAGACUGAAUUCAUUUUAUACAAAUGGCUAUCAAUGUUAGGUAAUUUUACCUAGUUUAUUGCCAUUAUGUUGGCUGUGCACAGUGUGGCGAUGAGGGCGUCUUAGUUUUAACAACAUAGUGUGGUAAUCGAGAAUAGGUUAACAUUGUAUGACUUGUGAGAGAGUGUAUUGUUUGAAUGUUUGUGAAUGUUACUGGUCAUCCAUUUAGCCUGUCUAUUUUAAGAAGACUUAAAUUCCUUUAGUAUUGUUAUGUACUAUAAAUUUGAUAAAUUUUAAAAAGUAAACAGUACUUUAAACUAUACUAGGGAGGAUGAUGUCUUGGUGAAAUAAUUCAGACUAUUUCUUUUCUACAACCGAUGACGUAGUAUGACAACAUUUUUCUGAACUUAAUUUUUUUCAUUCCUUACUGUGUUAUAGCAUUAAUAAGUUUAAAAAUCAUACUGAUGUAUUAAGUUAAUUUAAGCAUAAUCAGUGUACUGCCGGACAACAUGUUAUUGAAUUGCUAAUGAUUUCUCAUUUCAGAA